GAGCAUUAGUUGCAGUUCUUCCCUAGUUUCUUAGUUUCGGUCGAACUGAUAUUCAAAACUCCCUUGCAAUAGAAAGUUACCAUUUUCAUUUAUAAUUCUUUAUGUUAGUGACAAAUCAUGCGGCAUCCAAAGUCAAAGAGUUCUUAGCGAGGCAAAAAGGUCUAGAACUCAGAGAAAAGAGCGAACAAAGGCAAAACGUUGUCUGUGAUCAUCUUUUGGAAAGUUUGGGAAGAGUUGAUGGAACUCAGGUUCACAAGAGAAGAGGCCUUGGUUCCUUUUCUAACAAUGCCGCAACUUCGUCGAAUUCCUUCGACUUGAAGGUGCAACUUGCCCUCAGAAAAAGGAUCCAGAAGAGCCGUCGAGAGUCGACUUCAAAGAACAGUUCACUUCUCAAAGAAGAAGACGUCACUUCAGAAGAAGAGAGCAAAACAAAAUUCCAGAAGACUCGGCGCCAUAAAAAGAUAUUUCAAGAGAAAGUGAGGGAACUUGCGCUUCGAAAUAUUUCGACACCAGUCAGUCCAAAAACAGGUGAUUCACUGAGUUCUAUUGAGCUUCCUGACCAACAGGAACAAGAAGUUCAACGCGAACUGAGUAACUUAGAAUGGAAGAACCCAGGAAGGCCUGUGCAGAAGAGUGAAGGACAAGAGACUCUGAGUUUGCCUGAAAUGAAGCCAAACCGGAGCAAAAGGACUCGUCAAAAGAACCAGCAUAAGAGUAGAAAGGUAAACGUUCAAAAAGGAAAACCGAAAAGUAAAAUUCAAACAACAUAAACUGAAACUAUCCAGAAAGCUUCAGUUAACAGUAGUUAAGUUUCAGUUCUGCAAGUUACUCGCAAGUCGUUCCUGUUUCCUUGCCAAAUAUCUUUCUCGAGCUUUUCUCACGC